AUGAAGUUCGCAAAGGAGCUGGAACGCGAUUUGGUGCCAGAAUGGCGCGUCAAGUAUUUGGAUUACAAACUCGGCAAGAAGAAGCUCAAGGCAAUCAAACGAGCCCUCAGGACCGUCAACCAGACGCCUCGUGUACGCUUCCGUGGACCCAAUGGUUUUACGCCAUUACCCUACGAUACCGCGCCCAAGUAUUCGUUCCUCAAUCGCAACCAUGGUCAGACCGCGACUGUCGAAAGACAACCCGGAGAUUUGAGAGCUUUGGCGAUCGGCAAUAGCUUGUCGAGCGGAGAUGUCCAGCCAAACGGGAGUAAGGCAUUGCCGUCUGUGGAUAUGUCGAAAGAUGAGGAAGCUCCGCUGAAUGCACAGGAGGACCCUAGGUUCCCUGGCUUGACGCGGUAUGGCAGUAUCAUUGGAUCGCCUCCGAAAGCGAGCGGAAAAGCAAAGGCGCCACCAUCCUUGAAGCUUCCAGGAGCUGCUUUAGAUCCAGAGGACAUCUCGUCCAAAUCCAUACCACCGCCAGAACCCUCGACACCGAAGAGCAGAACUACAGAUAUGGAUUUUGGUCCCACUGAGGGAAUUGGCAACGGAUCUCGGGGGCUUGAAACACCAAAUGCUUUCGAGGUUGGAAAGACGCGAUCGCCAACACACAAACAUACGAAGUCUCUGCCGGCAAGAUACAGGAGCAUCUUCACGCCUAAGCGCAUGAACUCAAACCCGGCUUCGCCUGUUACACAGGCGCCGCGUCCGCUACUAAGCCGCGUUUUCUCUCUGAGUCACAAGGACCCUCCACCAUCCAGCCCGGGUGAUGUUCCGCUCGAAGCCUACCGUGAAUUGGAUCUGCGCCAGACAGAAUUCUUCCUCUUUCUGGAUAAGGAGCUAGAUAAGAUCGAGACCUUCUACAAGCAAAAGGAGGACGAGGCUACGGCUCGGUUAGCCGUACUAAGAGAACAGCUGCACAUGAUGAGAGACCGACGCUUGGACGAUCUCAUCAACCGCCAGGCCUCCAAGAUGAAGGCAAAAGCUCAGAAACAGGCUAAGCAUGGCGACGUGGGCAUGCUUCUGAUGAAUGGUCAACCGUCGAGCUCCGAAGGAGACAAACCUGACGCAGACAACAAGGACAAGACUCAAAGUGGAUCCUGGCUCAAUCCUCUCGAAUCCGCAUUGCAAGCGGUGCAAGCGGGCAGAUAUGGAAAAAGUACGAAGGCGAUGCAGGACCUUGCGACACCAGCCUUAGGACCCAUGCGACUGGAAGAUCGCCGCGAUUAUGUUCGCCGCCCAGAUACGGACGUUUCGUACGACACCGCGAAGAGAAAGCUCAAGGUUGCGAUACAGGAGUACUACAGAGGUCUCGAGCUGCUGAAGUCGUAUGCAUUACUGAACAGAACCGCUUUCCGCAAGAUCAACAAAAAGUACGACAAGGCUGUUAAUGCACGGCCAUCUCUACGGUACAUGACAGAAAAAGUGAACAAGGCUUGGUUCGUCAACAGUGACGUUAUUGAAGGACACAUACAAGCGACGGAAGACCUCUACGCCAGAUACUUUGAGAAGGGCAAGCGUAAAGUAGCAGUUGGAAAACUCCGAAUCAAAAUUGCCCGCGCUGGGGACUACACAGAACAGUCGUUUCGAAACGGACUUAUGCUGGGGCUGGGAGCUGUCUUCGGGAUCCAGGGGAUCGUCAAAGCCGCUCAAUUGCUCUAUUCUGAUGACACAACUGUGAGAAUUAAUACCAGCUAUUUACUCCAGAUCUAUGCGGGAUACUUCCUGAUGAACUUCUUGUUCAUGUUGUUUUGUCUGGACUGCAGAGUUUGGCUUACGAGCAAGAUCAAUUAUGUUUUCGUUUUCGAGUAUGAUACCCGCCACCACUUGGACUGGAGGCAACUGGCAGAAAAUAUCGAGCUGUUUUUCUGCCUCUACGCCAAUCGCUGGGGCAAUCCAGCCCAAUGCAACUCAUCAAACUCACGAUUGCUUGGCUUCUUCUCGACACUCCCUGGCAUAUGGCGAGCAGUGCAAUGUUUUCGUCGUUACCACGAUACCGGAAAUGCCUUCCCACAUCUGCUCAACCUGGGCAAGUACAUGGCAACGAUCGUCUUCUACAUGACACUCAGCAUCUACCGCAUCGAGAAAACCACCACUCAUCGUGCCGUGUUCAUCACCUUUGCGAUCAUCAACUCUAUCUAUACGAGUUUCUGGGACGUCUACUACGACUGGAGUCUCGGUGAUCCGAGUGCCAAACACCCAUUCCUCCGACAGACUCUCGGCUACAAGAAAGUAUGGAUGUACUACCUCGCCAUAGCGGUCGACCCCAUUCUGCGCUUCAACUGGAUCUUCUACGCCAUAAUACCGCUUCAGCUUCAACACUCGGCCAUAACGUCGUUUUUCGUAGCGUUUUCAGAGGUCUUUAGGAGAGGCAUGUGGUCCCUAUUUCGCGUCGAGAAUGAGCACUGCUCCAACGUCGGACACUUCCGCGCCUCCCGCGAUAUUCCACUACCAUACGAUCUUCCUUCUCCCAAGAUGGAUGGCAGUACUUCCCAAGACUACGGUCGGCGCGUCGACGAAGAACAACCGUUAUCCCCACACAUCAGCCGAACAAGCACAGCUCCCACGGCCCCCUAUGCUUCUGGUGCCGACCUCAACCGCACAUCCACGCGUCGUCGGCAUGCGUCUUUCGGUGCAGACCAGCAGCAGCCUAGUCCCAUGGCACGCGGUCUGCAACGCAUGGGCACAGCGCUUAGGACGGCACACAACCAGGACUUUGAGAAGAAGAAGAAACCUGAGUUGGGGGAGAGCGCGACCAAGGACGAUGAUAGCGAUGACGAUGAGGACGAGGAUGGGGAGGAGCAUAGCGAGGAGAUGAGCGAUAAGGAAAGCGAGAGGGAGAUUGAGAGGGUGAGGAAGGAAAUUGAAGUUGGGAGGGGGGGACCUGCUAGUUAA